AUGGCGGCUAAAUUAGAUGUUCCAACAAUCCAGCGAGCAGUCAUACAAGCUGAAGAACCAGGCUCACUUACCCUAUGUCACAAUCGAGGUCUUCCUAGCGUUCUGCCAGGCCAAGUGCUCGUCAAGACAGCAGCAGUGGCUCUAAACCCAUGUGACUGGAAAAUGCCCACCAAUUUCCCAUGUCCUGGUGCAGGUGUUGGUUCGGACUAUGCAGGCACCGUCAUUGCCUUGGGCGACAGCGUAGACAGGUCUUUUCUUAAGAUAGGCGACCGGGUAGCAGGAGCCGUGCAUGCGUCGAACCGUCUAGAUCCUCAGUCUGGCGCGUUUGCAGAAUACAUCGCAGUGUGGGCAGACCAACUGUGGAGAGUACCGGAUGAUAUGGCCUGGGACGAAGCUGCUGCCAUUGGAUGGUGCGUCGUUGGCACAGUGGGAUUGACUAUAUUUCGAACGCUGGCAUUGCCUGGAUGCCCCGAGGAGCCGACCAAGAAAUCUGAAUCGGGGUAUCGGGUCAUCACGACAUGUUCGCCUAAAAACUUUGGUCUAGUUGAGCAAUACGGCGCCGAUCGAGCGUUUGACUACCAUUCUCCAACUUGCGCAGAAGACAUUCGCACAUACACUCGGAAUUCCUUGCGGUAUGUCAUCGAUAUCAUCGCCGAGGCUAGAACGCUCAAGCUAUGUUACGCGGCGAUUGGUCGAGCUGGGGGCCAUUAUGUGGGUUUCGAGCUCAUUCCGAAGGAUCUAAUCGCCGAUAUGAGAAAGACAAUCAAGGCUGACUGGGUCCUGGGAAUUCGCAUGUCAGGGGCAGAGAUUGCCCUGGACAAAGGAUACGGCAGCGAUCCCGAUCCCGAGCUGCGGGCAUGGGGAUGUGAUCUAUUCAAGCGCCUCGAGACCAUUUUACGAGCGAGGAAGAUUCGCUCGCAUCCGCGCCUAGUCAGUCACAGUGGCCUUGACGGUGUAAUCAGUGGCGUUCAACGGAUGCGACGGCGAGAGAUCUCCGGUCAGAAGUUGGUCUAUCUUUUCGAGUCCAAGAUUCCCGCUCCACCAAAAACCUCACAGCCAUUCAGUGCAUCCAUAACGGCCAGCUCUGGGAGUCAGACAAGAAUCUUACCAGAAAGACAAACAGCACUCAAGAUUCAGGGACCAGGGCAGAUUACUUUACAAACGUCAUGUUCGCUGCCUUCUUUGCGGGUAGGUGAGGUUUUGGUCCGAGUAAUCUGCGUUGCUGUGAACCCUGAAGACUGGAAAUCUGCUGAUAUGUCGCCUGCUGUGGGUGCCACGUCCGGUUGUGACUUUGCGGGAGUGAUUGUCAAGGUCGGUCAGGAGGUGAAGGAAACACUUUGUGUAGACGACCGGGUUUGUGGUUUCGUUUUUGGAAACAACCCUGACAGGCAUGAUAAUGGAUCAUUCGCCGAAUAUGUCGCUGCUGCUGCCGACCUGAUAUGGAAAAUACCUCCACAGACGUCGUUUGAGGCAGCAUCGACCUUGGGGGUUGGCGUUGGAACGGUGGGAAUGGCAUUGUACAGUACGCUUCAGCUGCCUUUACCCAUGUGGCCACCGCGACCUCCUCCCACAAGUGAGACGCCAGAAUAUGUAUUGGUGUAUGGUGGAGGAACUGCGACUGGCGGCCUUGCAAUACAAAUGAUUCGAAUGUCUGGCAUGAUCCCAAUCACCACUUGUGCACCGCAUAAUUUCGAUCGAGUCAAGUCCCUUGGAUCUGCUAUGGCGUUCGAUUACAAUACCCCUUCUUGUGGGGUAGAUAUUCGGACGUAUACAAAAGGAACCCUGAAAUUUGCCUUUGACUGCAUCAGCUACACGGAAUCCAUGAAAAUCUGCUACAACGCUAUGGGAAACAGGGGAGGGAAGUAUAUUGCUCUGGAUCAUUUUCCGACACGAGCUCAUACCCGUCGAGACAUUCACCCAGACUGGAUGCUGCUGUUUACCAUUUUCAACAGCCCCAUCAACUGGAAGGAACCUUAUUACCGCGAAGCCAGGCCACAGGACCGUGAAUUCGGCGAGAAGUGGUUCCGACUCACGCAGGAGUUACUGGACGCAGGAGCAAUUGUGCCACCUCAACAUGAGCGAAGCAUUGGUGGGCUUCUCGGGGUAAUUGAUGGAAUAGACAUGGUGCGUAAGGGUCGACACAAUGGUGUCAAGCUGGUCUAUCAGAUCAAUGAGCCCGAUAUGGAGUAA